GGCAGCAUUAGGGAUUUGGAUGGAAUCUGGGUUACUAGGCGUGUCUGCACUGCCGACCAAAGGCAAUUCAAGCGUAUUCCAGGCAAGAAGUGCAGAUCUAACCAAGAAUCAGAAGAAUGUGGCAGGCAUGAUGAUAGAUGAGUCAUGUGGGUUGACAGGAAACUUGAUGAUGAUGAUGGAGCUGAGAAAGAAGGUGAUGACCUUUAGAGACAUCAUUGGAUUUCCUCCAUAUGAUGAAGCUGGUCCCAUGAAUGAGCUGGUGAUAGGAACUGUGGAGGAUCUUCACAAGCUUUAUCCCAUUGUUGUACCCCACACACUGACCUUAGAUAUGAAAGAAGUUUCUUUGUAUCAGGGAUUAGUCUACCUUUACAAUGUUCUGAAAUCUGUUGGAGACUCAUGGGCCACUAAUCACAAGUGGAUAGCUGAUUUUGGAUGCGAUGCAGAAGGAAGCUUGGAGAAUUUCAGUUUGGGGCAACUUGGCGGAAGAGUGUUGGCAAAGCUCAAUUACAUGAUUAAAAUAGCAAGAGAAAUGUUUGAUAUUAUGGAUGAAGACAAGAGGAACAAUGAGGAAAGGACAGAAGACUCUAAUAUUGGGGAUAUUCUCGGUGAAUCCUAUUCAGACAACAAAGUCACCUACCCAUCUCCAAAUAGCCCAACUUUAGAGCUAAGCAUUUCCAUGAUUUACUUCCCACCAACUCUGUCGCCAGUCAGACUUCAGGCAGCCGGGAACAUUGCCAACAAAUCAAUAGCUACAGUAACCAAUGAGGUACUACAAGAUUCCAAAGCUAUAAACGCCAGGCCUAAAAUUCCAAACUUUAAUUCAAAUAGGAUGGCUAAAGCAAAAGAACAAGCAGUGACACCACCAUCAAUGCCAUCUAGCCCACCUCAAACAGUGUCAGUAGCAGCAGUAUCCUCAAAAUUUACUUCAAAUAUGAUGCCUGGAGCAAAAGAACAAGCAACGGCACCACCAUUGCCACCAUCACCACCUUCCAAUUUGCCUUUAAAUGUAACCACAGCUCCACCUCCACCACCCAUUUUGCCUUCUAAAGGUUCAGUGCCACCACCACUGGCACCCAUGCCAAUGACAAAGGGAGCUGCCCCACCGCCUCCUCCACCACUUGCUGUGGCAAAGGCACUGCGCCCCAGGAAAGCAAAUAACAAAUUGAAGCGAUCAACCCAUAUGGGCAACUUGUAUCGGACACUUAAGGGAAAGGUGGAAGGAUCUAGUUUACAAGGAAAAAACUCUCAGGGAAGAACGUCUGCCAUUGGGGAUUCUGCUGGUGGAAAACAAGGAAUGGCUGAUGCAUUAGCAGAGAUGACAAAGAGAUCAGCAUAUUUUCAACAGAUUGAGGAGGAUGUUCAAAAGCACGGAAAAGUAAUCAUGGAAAUAAAAGUUGCCAUUAGCUCCUUCCAAACAAAGGACAUGGAUGAGUUACUUAAAUUCCAGAAACAUGUGGAGCAACAUCUAGAGGAAUUGACUGAUGAGACCCAGGUGCUGGCAAGGUUUGAAGAUUUUCCAAUGAAGAAGCUGGAAACAUUAAGGAUGGCAGCAGCUCUGUAUUUGAAAUUGAGAGGAAUAGCUACGGACCUGCAGAACUGGAAAGUAGCGCCACCUCUGAGACAGCUCCUUGACAAGGUUGAGUCCUACUUCAACAAGAUCAAACGGGAACUAGAUGCACUGGAACGAACCAAAGAUGAAGAGUCUAAGCGGUUUCAAAGUCACAAUAUUCAUUUUGACUUCAACAUUUUGAUGCGAAUCAAGGAAUCUAUGGUAGAUGUCUCUUCAAGCUGCAUGGAGCUGGCACUUCAGGAACGAAGACAAGCAAAGGCAGCAGCCAAUGCAGAAACUGGGUCCAAAACUAAAGGCACGACAAAAGCAUGUGCAAAGAUGCUUUGGAAGGCAUUUCAGCUCGCGUUUCGGGUCUAUACCUUUGCAGGUGGACAGGAUGAUCGAGCUGACAAUUUGACCAAAGAAUUAGCUCAAGAAAUAGAGAAUGAGCCUGAACAAAAGUGACACAUUCUCCACCGAGAUAGUAGUACAUUGCUAUAUCUCAUCCUUGGGCAAUAUAAUUCACCAAAAUCAGGACCAUUUGACUGGGUUAAAAUGUAGAGCAACAACUGUCUUCCAGGUACCACUUCUGUAUGAGUGUAUAACUCAACAAAAUGUAGUGUACCGAAGUUAUAGUAAUAGACAGAGAUUUGUCAUUGCUCUCAGCAUUAUCAAUAUCAAA